AUGCCCCCAAUGGCUUUCUUACAAUCAGCUUUGUCCCCGGCCAGCGUCUUGGCACCCAUCCACCUCCUAUCUUACUCCAUGCUCCUCGGCAUGGAACUAUACCAGUCAUUUGUCAUGACAAAAGUAUGCUACCAAGAGUUACCCCGAUCCGCCUUCACCACGCUUCAAAAGCGCAUCUUCCCCCUUUACUUCCGGGGACAGACCCUGCUUCUCCUAUUGACAGCAGCGACGGUACCCCCGUACGGGCUAUUAACGCUGCAGUCGAGCAAGGGCAAUUGGAUACCAUUCGCGAUUGCGGGAGUCACGGCGCUUUUAAACAUAAUGCUUUAUGGGCCUCGGACGCGACAGAUUAUGAUUGAUCGGAUUCAUCAAGAAACGCGGGAUGGGAGGAAAUCAAAUGAUCCAACCGAGGUUAGCGACGAUAUGAGAGCGUUAAAUAAGACGUUUUCGCGCAAUCAUGCGAUGAGCAUUCAUCUGAAUAUUAUUACUAUAGGGGCCACUCUCUGGUGGGGUGUAAAACUGGCCUUGCGAUUAGACAUGUAG